GUCCCAUAAAUUUGUUCGUUUUUUCCCGAUUCCUUUGUUUUUUUAAGUUCAAAUAGAUUUUUGUUUACCAUCGAUUGUAUGAAUCAAAAAGCAGAGAGACCAACACUCCAAGGUCAACGAAUUAAGACCAGGAAAAGAGAUGAAAAGGAGAAAUUCGAUCCACAAGGAUUCCGUGAUUCGAUUAUACUUGGCAUCAAAGAAACAAACGGCGAUCUUGAUCAGCUUUCGAAAUUUCUCGACAUCUCUGGAUCAAAACUAGAUUAUCGUCGUUACGGUGAAUCAUUGUGUGACAUAUUGAUUGCUGGCGGUCUAUUAGCACCCGGUGGAUCAAUAUUGACCGAUAACGAGCCUGAACAAACAUACACCGAAUAUUCGGUAUUUGGACGACCAUCCGAUGACGAAUCAGUGAAACAAUUUGUUUCAUUAGUAUUUGUUCGUCUCAUACGACGAUAUAAAUAUUUGGAAAAAUCAUUGGAAGAAGAUUUGAAAAAGAUUGUUGUCUUCUUACGUGCAUUCACCGCCGAUGAUCGUCUUAAAUUGGCUAAAUUGUUGGCCUAUCUAUUGGCAUCCGGUCAUAUUUCGAUCGCACCAUUGAAAAAAUUGCUUGAACAAGAUCUAUUGAUUAAAGAAGGUUACGGAUUCGAAUUUUUGUUGCAGGUAUUGCAAACUUGGCAAAAUGAAAAAGAUGCAUCCACUGUUUGGACUGCAUUGCGAAAAUCAGGAGUCGAUUCGAAAUUGUUGGAUUUUUUGCCAAAAUCCAAACGUAAUCAGGAAACAUUCAGCAAAUCUAUGCUCGAAUAUGGAUUACAACAAUUGUUGGCCUAUCAGGAGGUACAACGAGUGGAAACGUUGAAGAAAGAAUUAUCGCAAGAAAUUCAAACUCAAAUCAAUGAAAAUGGUUCAACACCCAAAGAAUUGAUCAGUAUCAUUAAAGAUUAUAUGACAGAAUAUUCAUUGACUGAUACUGAAGUUAUUGUUAUCUUAUGGAAUACAUUAAUGAGUAUGGUCGAAUGGAAUAAAAAAGAAGAGUUGGUUGCCGAUCAAGCUAUGAAACAUUUACGGGUCUAUAUACCAUUAUUUGCUGAGUUUACUAAAACCAACAAAGCUGAAAUGUCAUUAAUGUUACGUAUACAGGAUUAUUGUUAUGAAAAUAUGAAUUUUUUGAAAGCCUUUCAGAAAAUCAUAUUCCUCUUCUAUAAGAACGAUGUCAUCAGUGAAGAUGUUAUUCUUCGUUGGUAUAAAAAAGAUCAUUUGCCAAAAGGUAAAAGUAUCUUUUUGGAACAGAUGAAAAAAUUUAUCGAUUGGCUUAUGAAUGCUGAAGAAGAAGAAUCAGAAGAAGAAUGAAUGCAAAUCGAUUUAAUGAUUGGUCCAAAAUAUUAAUUAUAAUCUAUGGAUAUUCAUGUUUACACACACACACACAAAACACCUUUACCCAUUUAAUAAACAUUUUUGUUUGUUUACUUUAUAUCUCAUCAUAUUAUUUUAACCACCAUCCAUACACAAAAAA